AUGGGCCGUUUCAAGAGCGACAAUGGCAGCUCGGCCAGCGAGGCUACCACCGGACUGGCCCUCAACAUCGUCAUCAUGAAGGCUAGAAAUCUGGCCGCCAAGGAUCGCAAUGGCACAUCAGACCCGUAUCUCGUCCUCAGACUAGGCGAUGCCCGCGCCGUCACGCACGCGGUCCCCAAAACGUUGAACCCAGAGUGGAACAUUAUCGAGCAGCUGCCAAUCAACGGCAUAAACAGUCUCGUCCUCGAUGUCAUUUGCUGGGAUAAAGAUCGAUUCGGAAAAGAUUACCUCGGCGAAUUUGACCUUGCUCUCGAAGAAAUAUUCCAAAACGAAAAGAAUGCCCAGGAGCCUAAAUGGUACCCUCUCCGCAGCAAGCGACCCGGCAAGAAGACCAGCAUUGUGUCUGGUGAGGUCAUGCUGCAGUUCAAUCUUUUGGACAUCGCCAACCCCGCUUCGCCGCACCAGCAGACCAUGGAUAGACUCCAGGCCCUCCUGCGCUCUGUUCCAGAUGCUUCCGGCAGUGCGGGUGUGACGCCUGCCGCAUCGACUACCCCGCAGGCCGAUCCUCUGGCUGAAUUUGUAGAGGAUGAUGAUGAGGAAGUUUCUGAUUUUGAAGAAGACAGCAACGACGAGGGUGAGGGCGAGGGCGAGGGUGGAGGUGAGGGUGAGGAUGCUUCCAAGCCCGAAACUGCCGAGAAACGCCGCCGCCGACUCCGAAUUCGAGGACUCAAGCGCAAGAAUCGACGCGGCGCAUACGCCUUCACCAACGGCGACAGCGAUGUUGUCGGCAUCAUUUACCUAGAAAUUUGCAAAAUCACGGAUCUGCCCCCCGAGCACAACCUCACUCGUACCAGCUUCGACAUGGAUCCCUUCGUGGUCGCCUCACUGGGCCGAAAGACGUACAGAACCCGCCGCGUUCGCCAUAAUCUCAACCCAGUAUUCAACGAGAAAAUGCUUUUCCAGCUACUUGGCCACGAAAAGUCGUACAGCUUCUCGUUUACGGUCAUUGACCACGACAAGUACUCUGGCAACGACUUUAUUGCGUCUUGCACGCUUCCAGUACAAGAACUGUUCAAGAAAGCACCACAAGCUGACCCUGCGACUGGAUUGUACGAGGUCCGCGAGCCUCAUGAACACCGAGGGGCUGCUCCUCUGCCACACAAGUCCCGUCUCCAGAGAAUGGGACUCUCCCGCACGUCUUCGUCUCAAAGCCUCAACAAAAAGUCAAACAAGACAGCCUCCGUCACCAGCGCCACAUCUCAGGCACCGUCGCUGGAGGCCAGCCAGGCCACGAGCAACCCGAGUCUACUAGCCACCCCGGAUCUGCAAUCUACAUCGCUCACGGAGUCCGAGGGGAAUGUAGACGACGACGACCCUGAGUUCCACGAAUUUUCCGUGCCGCUGAACUUGAAGAAUAUCGAAAAAUGGGAGUCCAAGCACAACCCAGUCAUAUACCUCAGGGCGAAGUAUGUACCAUAUCCUGCUCUUCGCCAGCAGUUCUGGCGUGCUAUGCUUCGACAGUACGACACAGACGAGAGCGGCCGUAUUAGCCGCAUCGAACUUACCACGAUGCUUGAUACACUGGGUUCGACACUGAAAGACUCCACCAUCGACAGCUUCUUCCAGCGCUUCCCUCACAAAGCUGCCGAUGAUGAAGACAGCUGGGAUCUUACCUUCGACGAAGCUGUCAUUUGCCUUGAGGAUCAAUUGGAGGCCAAGUCCAAACACAGCGGCGUGGCUGACAAAAUCAAGAGCGUCACCUCUGACGUGAAGAACCUCGCUGUCGGCAGCAACGCCGAACAGAGUAGCCCUGCCUCGGGCUCCUCAACACCCAGCGAGGAGGGUGGUCCUGAGUUCAUCGAAAGGGAGGACUCUGGCGACGAGCACGUUGUAGAGAUCCGGGAAUGUCCCAUCUGUCACCAGCCCCGCCUCAACAAGCGCAAGGACACCGACAUUAUCACUCAUAUUGCAACCUGCGCAAGCCAGGACUGGCGACAGGUGAAGACUGUUCUCAUGGGUGGGUUUGUGACAGCCAGCCAAGCACAGCGCAAGUGGUACUCCAAGGUCAUUACCAAGCUCUCCUAUGGAGGGUACAAACUUGGCGCCAACUCGGCCAACAUUCUUGUCCAGGACCGUAUGACUGGUCAGAUCAAUGAGGAGAAGAUGAGCGUCUACGUUCGACUGGGAAUUCGAAUGCUUUACAAAGGACUGAAGUCGCGCGAGAUGGAGCACAAGCAGAUUCGAAAAAUGUUGAAGAACUUGAGCAACAAGCAGGGCAAGAAGUUUGAUGACCCGGCGUCCAAGGAUGAAAUUGAAAAAUUCAUUCAUUUCCAUCGUCUGAACAUAGACGAGGUUCUCUUGCCACUUGACCAGUUCCAAAACUUUAACGAAUUCUUCUACCGUGCCCUCAAGCCUGGUGCGCGUCCCUGCUCGGCACCCAACAAUCCAGCCAUUAUUGUUUCGCCAGCAGAUUGCCGCAGCGUGGUAUUCAACCAGAUUACGCAAGCUACUAAGGUCUGGGUCAAGGGUCGCGAGUUCAGCAUGAAGAGGCUACUGGGGGAUGCAUACCCAGAUGACGUCGCCCGAUUCGAAAAUGGUGCAUUGGGUAUCUUCCGUCUCGCUCCACAGGACUACCACCGUUUCCAUAUUCCUGUUGACGGUAUCAUGGGUGAACCCAAGACGAUCGCUGGUGAAUACUACACGGUCAAUCCUAUGGCCAUUCGUUCAGCGCUCGAUGUCUAUGGUGAGAACGUCCGUGUGGUGGUUCCCAUUGACAGUGAGGUGCAUGGUCGCGUCAUGGUCAUCUGUGUUGGUGCCAUGAUGGUCGGCAGCACGAUCAUUACACGCAAAGCUGGUGAAAAGGUUCAUCGUGCCGAGGAGCUGGGCUACUUCAAGUUUGGCGGCAGUACUAUCCUACUACUGUUUGAGCCUGGCAAGAUGCGUUUCGACUCCGAUUUGACGGAGAAUUCCAGCGGUGCAUUGGAGACUUUGAUUCGCGUGGGUAUGUCCGUUGGCCAUUCGCCCGAGGAACCUCAGUGGGCGCCCGACAUGCCUCUUAGCGACGAGAACAUCACCGAAGAGCAGAAGAAGGACGCCAAGCGACGCAUCCAGGGAAGCUUGGCCCAAGAUUCGCCCAGCGACAGCAACGACGACGACCGAAUGCACUCUCUGCCACCAUCCAUGGGCACGAUUGCAGCCUCUUCGCUUUAA